UUGAAUUUUGUGCUAUUAAUAUUAUGCAUAGAUGAAGAAUGGUGGACCACAGUUUCCAGAGGGAUGAUUCUAAGGACAGUUUUUUUGACAAGAUCCAACAUUCAAUGAAUAGAUGAAUGAUAUAAAAUUUGGUGAAUACAAGGGACAAGAUUGGAUCGACUCCUAUGUUGCGAACACCUUUCAUUAGUUAAAAGCAGCCAUUUUUCGAGAAUAUAAAAAUGAAUUGCUUACUGUACCAAAAUUAAAAUCUUCUCCUUAAACAAGUGAAUGCAUACAGUAAAGGCGCCAAAUACUGCACCCGCGACCAUGGCUGCCACACGCUCGGUACUACUCGUGUUCACGCUCGUCAUCGUCUCGAGAUCUCUGGUGGCCAGUGAACGCCAUUUGAACCUUACAAGAAAUCCGGUCUUCAAGGUGGAGCGUGACCACACCAAAUCGAACGCGAUGCGACCAGCUGUUGUUGACGUUGCAUCUGGUGCUACUGACGAUGAAAUUGGGGCUACUUACGUGUCACCGGAUGCUGACGAAGUUACGGAGAGUACAACUGACGUUUCAGCAAGUGUUGCUGACUUGGCGGCUGAUGUGCCAGCUGUUAGUGUUGCCAGUGUAGCGGCUGAUGAAGCUAGCACCGCAGCCAUCGUAGAGGACGUCCCCGCUAGAGCUACUGCUCCUGAGCAUGUCAACGACGAGGCGGAUGGUCAUGCUGACACGUCGUCGCUGCCCGACGACGUGUCAGCACGGGAGGCUCACGUCAGUAGCGCAGAAUUCGUGAGGGGCGCCGCCUUCCUUUACGCAGAUGACAAGCCCUGGAGCUCUGAGAACUUUUUGGAUCUUCUGGGCGUGGAGCCUGCGCUGGAACUGACCACAGCUUCUGUCUUGAUCGCCCCAGGCAGACAGCAACGAGGCCGCGCACACGCUGGAAAGAAAGAAAAACCCUCCGACAACGUCACCUCCCACUAUUUCCACGACUAA